CUCCCACAAAGAAUUAUGCUUUGGGGAUGAUUAGGCAAUUCGAAGGAUGCCGCCCCGUGUGCGCGCAGGGUUGUUUGUCAAGUAGUAGAGGCGCGUUAUCGGUCAGGCGCGUACGGUUCCAAAAUUUCGGAAGCAUCCACCGAGUUUCCCGUGGAGCGUCGCUGCGAAGGAGUACACGGUAAAACGUCGUCCCGUGAUGCCAGUGAAAAAUCGUGCCGAGUUUAUAGUAAAAAGUACGAUAUCCCUUGGUAUCGUUGAUUAAUUAACGUCUAAAUUUAAACGGGAAAGGAUCGUCUUUGGAUUAUUCAUUGGAGGUUGACUGGUAACGUCGCACUACGCGAGUCAGUCGAGGGUCUGCCGGCGAGCGGAGCGGUCGCGCCGUGAAAAUCAGUCGGUGCCGCAAAUAUUCGCUGGCACAGCCGAGAUUUGCCGAAGCUGUGCCACGGGACUUCGGCCCUGCGGACAGGCGCCCCGUCUACUAACAGUUUUAUCGAUCGAAUUUGACCUGCCAAGUUCCCUAGCGUAGUCGCUCGGUUUUCACUAGUGAAGUAAAUAUUGUAGUUUGUCGGUAUGGCUGCCCAAGCAGCUUGCACGCGGUUCAGUGAUAACUACGACCUCAAGGAGGAACUUGGAAAAGGUGCGUUCUCCGUGGUACGACGAUGCGUACAGAAGAGCAGCGGCCUCGAGUUCGCGGCGAAGAUCAUCAAUACUAAAAAGCUUUCGACCAGAGACUUUCAAAAGCUGGAACGUGAGGCGCGGAUAUGUAGGAAACUGCAGCAUCCGAAUAUCGUAAGAUUGCACGACAGUAUACAGGAGGAAAGCUUCCACUACCUCGUAUUCGAUUUAGUAACCGGCGGCGAGCUCUUCGAGGAUAUCGUCGCCCGAGAAUUCUACAGCGAGGCCGACGCCUCGCACUGUAUUCAACAAAUUUUGGAAAGUGUUCACCAUUGCCAUCACAACGGAGUCGUGCACAGAGAUCUGAAGCCUGAGAAUUUACUCCUGGCGAGUAAAGCCAAAGGUGCCGCCGUGAAGUUAGCGGAUUUUGGACUGGCUAUUGAGGUACAGAGCGAGCAGCAGGCAUGGUUUGGCUUCGCCGGGACGCCCGGUUAUCUCAGCCCGGAAGUCCUGAAGAAGGAACCGUACGGGAAGCCUGUGGAUAUAUGGGCAUGCGGUGUUAUCCUGUAUAUUCUACUCGUCGGUUAUCCCCCGUUUUGGGACGAGGAUCAGCACAGGUUAUACAGUCAGAUAAAGACUGGUUCCUACGACUAUCCAAGUCCGGAAUGGGACACUGUGACGCCAGAGGCGAAGAAUCUUAUCAAUCAGAUGCUCACGGUGAACCCGGGCAAACGGAUCACGGCCAGCGAGGCACUGAAGCACCCGUGGAUCUGCCAACGUGAACGCGUCGCGUCCGUGGUCCACAGACAAGAGACUGUCGACUGCUUGAAGAAAUUCAACGCGAGGCGCAAGUUGAAGGGCGCCAUCCUGACCACGAUGUUGGCGACGAGGAACUUUUCCAGUAAGUAUGAUGCACAGGAAGUUGGUCGAAGCAUGGUCACGAAGAAGGGCGAGGGUUCUCAAGUCAAGGAAUCCACCGACAGCAGCACCACCAUCGAGGACGAUGAUGUCAAAGAGGAUAAAAAGGGAGGCGUCGACCGGAGCAGCACGGUCAUUGCCAAAGAGCCCGAAGGUUUCGCGUCCCAGGGUACUCCACCGAACAGUCCCGCAGCUGCCUCGGUUUUCUCCAAGGUAAUGGGAGCAGCUGCUGCUCAAGCCCAGGCAAAUAAGCAGGCACAGGUGCCUGGAAAUCCUCUAGGAAUUGCCGCGGUUCUUCUUCAGGGCGCGCAAGCUGGCAGCGGAAGUGGCAGUGGCUCCAGUCACAGUAGCAGCAGUAACAGCCAAACAGGAGCUUCCCCGUCAUCAGCAUCGACGGGUUACGUCAACGCCAACAACACCCCACGACGUCACAACUCCUCGACCACCGAUCCCGAAGGUCGACCAGCCGGUGGAGGAUACUGUCAGCUCGGGGCCGAGCACUGCGGUCGGGACGACGAAAUAAGAAUCAUGUGUCCUAUCAAGACCUGCAGUCAGCUUUCGACGAAUUCGCAGUGCUCAGCUCGCCGCCAGGAAAUCAUUAAGAUGACCGAACAGCUGAUCGAGAGCAUCAAUAUCGGUGACUUCGAAGCGUACACGAAAAUCUGUGAUCCCCAUCUGACCGCGUUCGAGCCAGAGGCUCUAGGUAAUUUAGUCGAGGGAAUGGACUUUCACAAAUUUUACUUUGAUAAUGCAGUGCUGGGAAAGAACUGCAAGGCGGUCAACACGACGAUCUUGAAUCCGCACGUCCAUCUUCUUGGCGAGGAUGCAGCGUGCAUCGCGUACGUCAGGCUCACCCAGUACAUGGACAAACAAGGUGUCGCGCACACCCAACAAAGCGAGGAGAGCCGCGUCUGGCACAAGAGGGACAACAAGUGGCAGAACGUGCACUUCCACCGAAGCGCCGUCACAGGGCCUUCUCCGUUCACCUUCAACCACAAAUAAAGCAGCCACAUCAGUUCCGCGUUGCACCACGUGAAUGUAUCUAGUACUAAGCGCGGUACCAAGUAACCAUUUAGCGGUACUUCGCCCAGUACCUGCUCAGCGUACGUACCUACUCUGUGUAAAAAAAAAAGCAAAAAAGAAAGAAAGAAAAAGGGUAUGCGUAAAACAAGAGAGAAACAGAAAAAGAAAAUUAAGACACAAGAAGGCAAGCAAGCAAAGGCUAAGCAAAGAUAAGGUCAGAGGAAGGAAAGAAAAGAUCAUCCGACCCGUAAUGCGCGACUGAGCCGGAAAUCGCCGGGCCCUGGAAUCUCUCGCUGUGACAGACGGUCCUUACGAGAGUCUCCUUACGAGACUUGGCUUAAGCCGUUAGUUAGAGUAACAAAUUCUCGUAGAAAUCGACAAGCGUCGACCUCGACUUCGUCGAUGACGAAUUUCUUUCUCAUCUUUCGUUCCGGAGCGUUUUUUAAGGCACGUGUGAUAAGAGGUCCUGGGGAGGAGUAUUAUUAAACGAGACGAAUUGAAAUAAUGAAGUAUAAUGAAGCUUAUGAAUUAUAUAAGAAUAAUAAUAAUAAUAAUCUCAUACCAGGGACUUAAGAACGGAAUGGAUACGAUAAUUCGAGUGGAGUCUCUUCUUGCUCCGAUCAAAGACGUACAAUCGACCGAUGUGCCAUCUAGUUAAGGGAUACUUCGCAGGGGUCUCAAAGACUUCCUGUUAAGACUGCGAUCGCAAUUAAUUUGUGGAAAGGUUACGGGAGGUCAUGGGGAUGAGAUACGACACGUUGACGAAAGCGCGAAGAGAGGAAGACACCGGGAGAAAGUGAAAAGGAAAAAGAUAAGUGAGAGCAAGUGGAGGAUACUCUAACGGCGCUUUUCAAUAGGUCGGCCAUUUUGUAUGUAAAUGGGAACGUAACCUCUACUUCCGGUACCUUAUACUUCUGAUGGGAAUUAAGGAAACGGAAUUGACGUUUAGGGGGUUGUAGAUUUUGAAAGAAAAAAAAAAAAACAGGAUCCUAUUGGUUAUCGCGUGAGAACGACUCGUGGCGGUUUUUUUAAAAAGCAGAAUCGGUUCUGACGCUAAUACGGAUUUAGGAAGAUUGACGGUGAAGAUAAUGAUGAUAAUGAUGAACAAGUAUGUGAAUGAAGUCUGACUUAGGAUGUGGACGCCGACGAAAGUGACGGCUUUAGGAAGUGUCGCUAAUUUAAAAAAUAAAUAAAUAAGAAGGGCCCGGCGUUAGCCACGAACUAAUUCCUUGCAUCACAUAGGAGGCUUGUCGAAUCUACGAUUAGAGAGGAUGUAAGCGAUGAACAGUAUAAAUCGUUUCUAUCGGUACACUAUAUAGAUAUAUUCAGCUGUACACAUAGUAGCAUACACAAGUAUAUAUCUAUAUAUCGUUUAUAUACAUAUAUGCAUGUGUAACAAAAAAAAAAAAGGUUUGAGAAAUGACAAAAGGUACCAAGGAAAGAAAAGAAAAGUAAGCGCCGGUAUCCCUAACAGUUAAAAUAUUGUUUCAAUUUUUCGAAUUUUCAGUGCAAGCUUGUAAUUGCGUACAGUCAGUGACGAGAAUCUUGUCUUGAUGACGUCAUUGCAUACUAUGAUCAUUGUACAGAAAACAUUCUUCCAUGUCAUUCUUAUAUUUGUUAUCUCGCUGCCGGCGACUGUCGGGACUCCGGUUAAAGAUUUGCGGGACCGUGCUAAUCGCUUUACAUAAUUAAUCGUUAAUCCUCAUAAUUGUUAAUUACUCGCGAAUAUAUCUAUGUAUUCGUAAGUGACGGUCGCCAAACCAGUUUCUCGAUACUGGCUCGCGCAUUACGUACACGCGCCUGUACGAUUUAACAGCGUCACUCGCUAUUUAUUUAUAACUAUCUUUUAUAUAUACAAAACUUUUUAUUAUUAUUAUACACACAAAAUCGUAGCUCCUAUUCGCACCUUUCUCAUAUAGUCGCUUUUAGCUAACAUCGAUUAUCAACGUUCAAUACUUUACAUACGAUUGCUUUGAAUUUAGCAAAGGUUAAGAUUUUCAUGACGUUAGCUUAAAGUGGCUUUAUGUGCCUAGUACGAAUACUGUCCUUUAUGUAUAUAUAUAUAUAUAUAGAUAUCUAUAUGUAAUAUAAAUAUCUAUUAUAUGCAAUAUAAAUAUAUACAAGUACCAUGCCUGUUUGAUAAGGAUGGUACGGGGAUGAUGUACUCGUGGACGACGUGAAUAUCGAAAUUGAAAAAAAAAAAACAAUUAAAAUAGACUACGUUCACUGUCGUGUCUCUCUUUGCAUAAUUAAUCUUAUGUAUAUUAUUAUGUAUACGAUGCAUACAUAUGAUAUACAUACGUGAGUGAGGAUACUGGAUUGCUGAUAGAUAUAAUUAUUGAAAGCUUAAUGAAAGGAGGAGAAAGAGGGGAUACUGGAAUAUGAAGAGAAAGCGAAGCUAUGAUGAAUGGGAGUUGGACGAGAGGGAGGUUGGUAAAAUAGGGGAAAGUGGACGGCAGAUUACAUGAAUUUAUUGAUAACAAUAGGCGAUUAUUAUUAAAAUUGAAUUUUUAUCGAAUUUACUUAAUUACAAUGAACCUUUCUACACGUUCGUACAUCCUCUUAUAACGAUAUCGGGUAUAAAGGGAGGAGGGAGUCUCCAUCUAUGAGAAAUUCAAAGAAACACUUUUGCCAUCGUAUUAUAUAUAUAAAUAUAUAAAUAUAUUAACGAUAAAUAAAUGAAAGGAGAAAGACGAUGAAGAAGAUAUGAUUUAAUAUAUUACAGGAUACUAUAUAUAUAUAUAUACAUAUACAUAUAUAUAUAUAUAUAUAUAUAUAAAUGAUAAAUUAAAGAAUAGUUAUUUCUACUACUCUAAUUCGUCGCUUCUACGUGUGAUUGUUGUAUAAAAUACUUAAUUAAUGAUUUCAUAUUAUUAUCGUCAUCAUUAUUAUUGUUAUUGUCAUUAACAUUAUAACUAUUAACUAUUUACUAUUUACUGUUGCUACUUUUGCCACCACCAAUCACCCGAUCAUUAAUACUACUACUACUAUUACUACUACUACUUGUUACCGAUAAACUAUUGUCAUUAUUAUGAUUAUCACAAGUGUCCAUAAUGCGGAUGAUGAUGAUAGAAAUAAUUGAUUGUAUGAUUUUCAUUUUACUACGAUCAAUAAUCUUCUAUUGCCCUGUCGAUUUCAAUCCCAGCGGUUCUUUAUUAUAUAAAAUUAUAAAUACAAUUUUAACAUGAAGUCGAGGAUUAUCGAAGUAAGCCGGUUACGUUUUAGGUGAUAACGCCGAUUUACUUAAAUAUACAUAUUGUAGUUGUUUCUCAUUAUAGAACUUUUAACGGUGGUGUCUUGCUCGCCCGAAUCGGGUCUCGUUGAAUCUUCCCCUUCUCAAAUUCUAUUGCCGGUUACAUUCUUGACUCGCCAAUAUCUUAUUAUCUAUUGUAAUCACCUGUUUCGCGUUAUUGCACCAGACGAAUAUUUCGAAUUAAUACAUUUAAUUAAACGUCCUGUCAGAUCCUCCAGGCAGUUCCAUCCUGAAUCACGUAGUCUCUCCUUAUUCACUGUGUUUGACAAUUUCCAUGGCUCUCGUGUCCUCCGUUGCGCGCUUAACUGCGCAUACGUCGUUGCGUCGUUACGUCAUCGUCAUCCUACGUGCGAAACUCAACGAGAUCCGUUCUCGGUCCCAAUAAGACAUCCUGCGCGUAAUUAUCGCAACUUUGAAGGGAAAAUGCAAAAAAAAAAUAGAAAAAUCAAUUCAUCGAUCGUCAAACAACGGACUGUGUUUCUAUGGAUAAGAUUAGAUGUGUUCGAUGUGUCAUGGCGGCGAAAGCGCGGGAAAUACUGAAGAUUCAAAUGAGCUUCUGGUUCUUUCCACGUUUUUCGUCAAGCUCGAAAUACGGAAAUUGCCAUGACGCGGGAGAUUUGAAAAAUGCGAAAAUGGGAGAGACAAAGAAUUAACAGAUUAAAGAAUCAAUGGUGGUGGAUCGUUAAAUGGAUCGUCGGUACAUUGUAUGUCGCGUAGUGAAAGAGUGAGAGAGAGAGAGAGAGAGAGAGAGAGAGAGAGAGAGAGAGAGUGUUUGUAAAAAAGAGCGAGAGAGUGAGACAGAGAAAGAAAAAAAUAAGAAUUGUCAAAAUCACGUAUACAACUAUCACGGCUUUUACGAAUGAAGCGUAACAAUAGAGUCGCGACAUCUUUCAUCCAUCAUCCAUUGUUUGGCCUAACUACUAUUCACGUUUGUCUAUUUAAUAUAAUAUACGAAUACUAUAUAUAUUAUAAAUAUUACGAUAUAUCUGCACUGUCCACACAUUACGCGAGAGUCACGCGAAGGUAAAAUGGACGGUUGAGCGUGGAGGGUACAGGAAAAAAAGUUGAAAUUGGCAAUAGUGAUCGUUUCUGUAUCACGUCGAAGGAAUAAUGAAAAAAAAAUGGAAUCUAAAGAAUUCUCUUAUCGCAAUAUAGUAUUUACGUAUAGUUCGACAGGGCACGAUUAAAAAUAUAAAUAAAUUGUAUCGUUGAAAGGUAUCGGGUGCUUCUCAAAAUUUUUAUCAGUCAGAGGAAAAAAAAAUUAUCGAUUAAGCAGCCCUCGUUGUAUAGUAUUUAUAUACAGAUACGGUUGGUUAAAAUUCAACGUGCCGUAAUUUCCUUGUAUUUAACUCCAUCGCGCAUUCCACUUGAAUCGACAUGCCGUAGGACUUCUACAUUCUAAGGGAUGACGUAUACAACCCUUGUAGUGACUCUCGUUAUCGCGAUUAGAAAACCAAGGGACCGAGAACGUGGCCAAAGUGGCGGGCCUUUUGCGUUUCCUUGGAUAGAUGAGCGAGUAACGCUAAUUGUUAAAUACUUUAUUUUGUUUUUACACGUCUCUCUCUUUAUAUAUAUAUAUAUAUAAAUAAUAUAUAUAUAUCUAGAUCAACUUUUUUAUUGUACAUUUUUUCGUACUGUUUUGUUGUUGUGUUGUAUACAUGAGUACAUAUUGUGCGUGCUCAAGAUGGCGCGUACAGCAGGCACGUUUGUUGGGGGACAGUUCGGCGGGAAGACAUUGAUGUAUUAAAUGGCGUACCUGGCAGGGUGCUCUCAAACUCGUAGAAACUACAAUUUAUAUAUUCUAUGUGCUACACGAGAAUACAUUUGACAACACCGACUGUGCGAAACGUUUACGAGCAAUUUUGUUUUGCGUGGGGUUUAAAAAAGUCGGUAAAGGAGAUCGUACUUUGUCGCCAUCUAGCGGCGAGCUGUGACACUUCCUUAUGCAACGUAAUGUGUAUAUGACAUGAAAAUUGGAUCCGACUGUACCUCAAAAAGCUGAUGCGAAAUCUACCCCGUAAUGUAAUAGGCUAGAAAUUAUAUUGUGUGCAAGUAAUGAGGCAAUGAUAUGUGGCGGCAACGUUAAGCCAUUCUCAAGAGAGGUUAUGAUAAUGCAGGUCCGAUCUGUCACUUUGAGAGACGACUACGUGGCUCAGGAUGAUGGAAUAAGCGGAUUGAGGAUGCGAACGGAGCCUCGUGAGAUUUAGAUCUCGCAAUUACAUUGUUUGUACUAUUGAAUUCUUUGUCUUUAAUAUUUUUCAAGCUAUAUUGUCUAGUGAUAUUUGUUCUUUGUCUAAUAACUGUAUUGAGCUCCUGUACACUUCUUCGAUAGCAAGAUCAAUUAUAUAUGAGAUCAUACUCGAUUCUUGGAGACGUCCGGGAAUAGCCAGGAUGUCGUCUCUUAUUGUGGACUUUUGGCUUAGUACGUAAAUUUUUUGUAAUUAAUCGCCGAGGCAUAGGUACGAGAGGGUGAAAGAAAAGGAAGGAGAAGAAUUGAGAAUAGCUGUGUUCACGUUGCGAAAACGAUAUUGCCAACUAAAUUAUGUAAACUCUUAUCGGUAUUUAAUAUAACAAUUAUUAUUACAAUUAUUAUAAAUUUACGAUAACAAUAACAAUUGAUUACAAUUUUGUCCUAAUGUUCAGAAAAUAAAAAAUAAAUCUCUGUAAGGUAGAUGAGUGUCAAUGGGAGCUGGAGCAUCCAAGAGAAACUAAGAGAAAGGGUACGUUAAUACUUUGUUGGGUCUCUUCGAUUUUUCGCCUGCGGAAGCCCGAUUUGAAUGUCUACGUAAAUCGCGGAAAUCGUGACCGUACCAGGUGGAGGAUCGGGGAAGCCCAUAUUUAAAAACUAUCGUGCGAAUUCUUAUUUUUAAUUAAGAUUUUAUAUUUUGUACACUUUAUGUUUAUUUGGUGCUAUUAUAACGCCAUCGUUAUUAUUAUCAAUGCCAUCACAGACAUCAUUAUCGCUAUAAGUUUACAUUGUGUUAUUAAAUUAGACAUUAUUGUUGAAUCUU